AUGAGGCGACUACGAUUCCCAAUCCCACGCCACUGGGAUUCAUGCGUGGCGCUUUCACUCCUCGCCAGCCUUCUGGGCCUUGUCGGUCUCGUCGGGCCGGCUAAUGCGCUGGUGCAAGUCAAUAACAUGCAAUACGGCUUUCUGUCGGAUCUGCGCGCGGCGUGGGGCGGCAACUUCAUAGAGGCGCGCACGUGGGCGUACGACGCGCGGUGCUUGCAGGGCCUGGACGACGGGUCGGACGACAUCCCCGUGCUCAAGGGGCUCAUCUGCUCCGCCGACGGCAGCAUCAUCGAGAUCAAUCUGCAGCACAGGUCGCUCGUGGGGGUUAUUCCCGAGUUCAUCAAAUACUUCACUGCCCUCACUGGCCUCUACCUGUCGGACAACGAGCUGUACGGCUCCAUACCCGCCGGCAUCAGCGCCCUCGCCUCCCUGCAGUACCUGCACCUGGACUACAAUAGCAUAUCGGGCACCCUCCCCUCCACUAUCGGCAAGCUACCCUUGCUGCAGAGCCUGCGGCUGAAGGCGAAUCUGUUGACGGGGACCAUCCCCAACAUGGCCACGCUCAAGAACCUCGCCACUCUCGACCUAUCGCUGAACCGCUUGAAUGGCAUCAUACCGCCCACCCUCGCAGCAAUGCCGGGCGUUGGAGAACUGUUCCUAGCAGGCAACAGCUUGUCAGGCCCUCUGCCUCCCAAGCUCAACAUGCCCAAUCUUUACUCCUUGGAUCUCUCUUUCAACUUCCUGUCUGGAAGCAUUCCAGUCACCAUCAGCACCCUUGCUUCACUGCAGUACAUGGAUCUGGGGUACAACCAGCUCUCGGGCUCGCUGCCCUCUCAAAUGGCCAAACUCACCGGCCUCCAGCGCCUGGAUCUGCUCGCCAAUGCAAUGACCGGAAGCAUUCCCCUCGUCUUCUCCAGCCUCAGUGCACUUCAAACACUUGUACUGCAGCGCAACAGCAUGAGUGGCCCCAUCCCAUCGCAGCUGAGCGUGCUCACGGGCCUGAGUGAACUGUCGCUGUCAAGCAACGCCUUCCAGGGCUCCCUGCCCGCCUCCUUCAGCGCCCUCACCUCACUCACCUGGCUGUCCGCCAGCAGCAACCUGCUCAACGGCACCAUCCCCUCUGGUCUCUUCACCCUCUCCAACCUCCAAGUCCUGGAGUUGGACGACAAUAAUUUCUCUGGUUCCAUCCCCGACCCCAUCUCAACCCUCUCCUCGCUGCAGUUCCUCUCCUUGGCGCGCAAUCGCCUGUCAGGCGCGCUGCCUGCCUCCCUCGCCAGCAUCGCAGGACUCGCCUACGUUGAUCUGAGCAACAACGCGCUCUCAGGCUCCGUGCCCACAGCAUACUUCUCCCGCACUGCCUCCAAGUGGACGCUGGACGUGCGCAGCAACAUGCUGGUGGGCGAGGUGGACGUGCUGGCCAACGGCACGGCGUGGUACGACCACAACUACCUCUCCUCCACCGUCUUCGACGCCUCCUCCUGCGACGCCGAUACUCCUCUCUCCGUCUCCUUCCGCCGCAACUGCAUCCCGCCCACCGUCUGCGACGCCAUGCCGCAGCGCACUGAUGCGGAGUGCGCGGCGUUCUGCGGCCUCAAUCCUGCGGAUGGCGAGGUGUGCGGCGGGGAGGGCACGUGCGCGCUGCUGCCACAGCAGGCGGUGCAGGCGGGUGUGUGCACGUGCGGGGACUCGCUGCAGAACGGGGAGGACCCCGCCACCUGCGUAUCCUCCUCCGCGCCCCCAGUGGCGCUAUCCACGACCGUGCCCUCCGCCUCUCUGCCCGCGGCUACCGUCAGCGGCGCAGCAACAGUGAGCGCCACCACAGGCGCCAUCACGCUCACCACGCUUGCGCUCAACGAGUGGGGCGCCGCACUCCUCACCGCCCCUACGCGCCUCUUCUCCUAUGGCCUCCGCAAGUCCGGCUGCGGCCGCCCCUUCGCCUUCUCCGCCUCCUUCGCCUUCCAAAGCACCCCCGAGCCCGGGAAAAAGUCCGCUGGAGGGGUCGCGUUUGUGAUCGCUGCUACUGAUACAGCCGCGACAGGGGAUGUGACCGCUCUGGGUUACUCCGGGCUUGGUCAGAGGAGCGUGGCGGUGGAGUUUGACGGGUUUCAGGACAAGGCCCUGACGAUCAAGGACAUGUCAGCGAACCAUGUGGGAGUGAACCUCAACGGGAACCCAAUGUCCGUGACAGCCGUCACCUCCCCCCUGGUGGCGGGCGACGGCAAGGUGAAGUUCGCGUGGAUCGACUACGUGCCGCUGAGCGACGCCGCGGGGACGCUGUCGGUGUUUGUGGCGGCGACAGCAGUGAAGCCGGCCAAGGCGGUGCUGAGUGCGGCGCUGUCGCUGUGCACUGUGCUGGCGCCCGUGGAAGGGGAGGAGUCGUUCCACGUGGGGUUCACAGGGGCCAGCUCUGCGCUCGUGGGGCAGAGGAACGUCAUUCUCAACUACAGCAUCUCCACCAGCUUACCCAGCGCCCUCUCACCAAAACCCACUGUUGCGUACCCCACGGGGUUCGCCUUCACCAAGGACGCCUUCUCCUCGCUCAACGCCAACCGCUUCUCGCGCCACGUCUCCGUGGGCGCCACCACAACCCCCACCCCCGCGCGCUCCUGGUCCCCCAAGCCCGAUGUCAACUGGAACAACACGGGCCUGCUGUGGCCCAUCAAGGACCAGCUCAAGUGCGCCGACAGCUGGGCCUUCGCCCUGGUCAGCAGCAUCGAGGCGGCGUAUAACAUCGUGGGGAAUCUGAGCCGGUCUACGGUGUUCAAUGUGGACCCGCUGAGGACGUCCCUGAAGAGUAAUUGCAAGGGCGGGAGCCCUGUGUCGGGGCUGCAGUUCCUGGUGACCAGUGGCAAGACGGGCGGCGGGCUGACUGCCAAGGCUACGUACACACGCCCGCUCGGCUCUGCUUCUUUGAAACGCGGCAAACCUGCCGUGCCCACGUUCCCCAUAGUGGGCUGGGAGCGCGCACCUGGCAUGGGGUGGUUCGGGCUGCUGCUGGCGGUGCAGCAGCAGCCGGUGGUGGUCACCAUCCAGGCCACCGCGCCCUCCUUCAUCUCCUACAACGGGCUGUUCAAGUACCAGGACCCGGCCUGUUUCACCUUCGCCCCCAACCACGCAGUGCUAGUGGUGGGGUACCGCCUCUCAGGCACUGAUCCGGCCCUCCCUCACAUCGCCGCGCCCUAUUGGAUCAUCCGCAACUCAUGGGGUGACGGGUGGGGCGACGGGGGCCACAUGCGCAUGGACAUGCAGGGCGGGUACGGCGUGUGCGGCAUCAACACGCUGCCUGGCGUCUACCCCAUCGUGCGAUCAUCCUCGGACGCGUGCAACAGCGACAUUGUGCAGGCGGACGGAACGCUGCUGGCGAACCCGUGUGGGGGCUUUGCAUGCACGGUGGUGGGCACGAGCAACACGUGUGACUGCGAUGGCACUGUUUACGUGCAGGCCACCAACCUCGAUGGCUCCCGCACCUGCACCCUCGUGGACGUGUGUGGGGCGGCAGGCUUCAACCCGUGUGGGGUGGGCACGUGUGUGAAUGACGGUGCGGGGUCGUACUCGUGUGUGUGUCCACGGGGCUUCAUUCAAGGAACCACCGUCGAUGGCUCCUUCUCCUGUGCUCCAGCGCUCACGGUGGCGACCAGUUACGUGGUGAGGGGCGGGGGAGUGACGUGUGCGCACGUGCACCAGACCGUGGGGCUCACGCUGCAGCAGCUCAAGACCCUCAACCCGGCGUUGAACUGCAAUGCGCCCAUACCGGUCAACACCACUGUCAUCACCACGGCCACCUCCUCGCUCUCGCCCUGCUCCGCCUACUACACCACCGCUGCUGGUGACACAUGUGUAUCCAUAGCCACACGGCACGCCCUCACAGACACCUGCGAUCCCAUACCGGGGGAGGCCUGCGCAUCCCCCUCCACCACAGCGUGCGUGAAGCCCUGCAAGACCGCUCUGCAGGCCAUCAACCCUGGGCUCGACUGCAGCGCAGACACAGAUGGCACUCUCCCAGCGUACCUCUCCGUAUGCGUCAAGGUGGACUAUCUAUACGUGCCGCGAGUGCCUGCGUGCCCGCACGUGCACACGGUGGCGCCGGGAGAGACGUGUGAUGUGCUGCGCAAGACGGUGGCGGGCGGCAUGAGUGUGGAGGAGCUGUACCAGCUGAACCCCGGGAUUCUCUGUGACCGCAUCGCCCUGCCUGUGCCGGCCUCUGCUGCUGUCAUCCCCAACUAUGAUGUGUGCUGGGCUGACGUGUACGACCCGCAGAUCCCCACCUGUCCGAGGCCGUGGUGUGAUCUGAUCCGACGUGGAUUUGACGACGCUCUCUCUCUCUCUCUCUCUCUCUCUCUCUCUCUCUCUCUCUCUCUCUCUCUCUCUCUCUCUCUCUCUCUCUCUCUCUCUCUCUCUCUCUCUCUCUCUCUCUCUCUCUCUCUCUCUCUCUCUCUCUCUCUCUCUCUCUCUCUCUCUCUCUCUCUCUCUCUCUCUCUCUCUCUCUCUCUCUCUCUCUCUCUCUCUCUCUCUCUCUCUCUCUCUCUCUCUCUCUCUCUCUCUCUCUCUCUCUCUCUCUCUCUCUCUCUCUCUCUCUCUCUCUCUCUCUCUCUCUCUCUCUCUCUCUCUCUCUCUCUCUCUCUCUCUCUCUCUCUCUCUCUCUCUCUCUCUCUCUCUCUCUCUCUCUCUCUCUCUCUCUCUCUCUCUCUCUCUCUCUCUCUCUCUCUCUCUCUCUCUCUCUCUCUCUCUCUCUCUCUCUCUCUCUCUCUCUCUCUCUCUCUCUCUCUCUCUCUCUCUCUCUCUCUCUCUCUCUCUCUCUCUCUCUCUCUCUCUCUCUCUCUCUCUCUCUCUCUCUCUCUCUCUCUCUCUCUCUCUCUCUCUCUCUCUCUCUCUCUCUCUCUCUCUCUCUCUCUCUCUCUCUCUCUCUCUCUCUCUCUCUCUCUCUCUCUCUCUCUCUCUCUCUCUCUCUCUCUCUCUCUCUCUCUCUCUCUCUCUCUCUCUCUCUCCGUAUCCUCCCCGUUGUCUCCUCUCGCACGCAAGCAAGCUGAAAUGGUCGAUAACUACCAGCACCAGAACCAGCAGCAGCAGCCGCCGGGCGCGGUGCGGCUGUACCACGAGCGGCAGGACGCGGCGCUGUGCGGCGUGCACUGCCUCAACGCGCUGCUGCAGGCGCCGCUCUUCGACGCCGCCGACCUCGCCGCCAUCGCUGAGGGGCUCGACCGCCGCGAGCGCGCCGUCAUGGCGGAGGGCGGGGCGGGCGCCGCCAGCGCGGGGGACGGGGGGAGCGCGGAAGGCGGGGGUGGCGGCGAGUCGGAGAACGCGGCGGCGGAUGGGGAUUUCAGCAUUCAGGUGCUAUCGGAGGCGCUUGCGGUGUGGGGUCUGGCGCUCACGCCCCUGGACGCCGCCAACAGCGCCGCACAGGCCGCGCAGGCCAACCCGCACGCCCAGACCGCCUUCCUGUGCCACCUGCACCGGCACUGGUUUGCGCUGAGGAGGGUGGGGGAGCACUGGUUCAACUUCAACAGCCUGCUCGCCGCGCCACAACACCUCUCCGAGUUCUACCUGGCAGCAUACCUCUCCUCGCUGCGCGCCGAGGGCUGGACCAUAUUCGUCGUCACAGGCGCCUUCCCCCCCGCGCCCCCGCCCGCGUCCUCCUCCUCCGCCGCGUGUGGGCGCUGGGUGACGGCUGCCCAGGCCUGUGACGAGCUCGCUGCAGCUGCUGUGGCGAAGCAGUGGGAGGAGCAGGAGGUUCGGGCGGAGCAGCAGAGAGAGAUGCAGAUCGGGGGGUUGGGAGGGAUGGGAGGGAUGUUUGGAGUUAGGGGUGGUGGUGGUGGUGGUGGAUUGGGAGGGGAUGCUUGGGGGUUGCAUGGAGGGGAAAGGGAGGGGGUGGGAGGGGAGGAUGCAGAGUUGGCUCGGGCGCUUGCUGCUAGUCUUGCUGCUGCUGGGAGUGAGGCGCUGGGGGGGGCAGCGAGCAGAGCAGGUGUGGCUUCUGGGGAAGCGGGAGCAGCAGCAGCAGAAGCACGAGCGGCAGCAGCAGCAGCAGCAGCAGCAGAAGCACGAGCGGCAGCAGCAGCAGCAGCAGAAGCACGAGCGGCAGCAGCAGCAGCAGCAGCAAGAGCAGGAGCAGGGGAAGGGGCGGUGGCGGUGAGAGGUGCAGGAGCGACUGCAGAGGGUGGAGGGCAUUUAUGGUCAGAGUCAGAGAGACAGUAUGAGGAUGACUUGGCUCGUGCUAUCGCUGCCAGCAUGGCAGAUAAUACACAGGGCACGGGCAGUCAGGGGGGUGCUGCUGCCACUGGUGGUGGUGGCCCCACAUGA